UAUAUAUCUUAAAACCCAAUCAAAUCCAAUUGAAAAGCGCCACCAAAUUUGCGUAACAACCAUCCACUUGAGUGUCUUACCUCUUCACAUUCAUUCUCUCUUAGCUUUUAUUCCAAGUUUAUGCUCCUGUGUGGUGUGUUUCAUCUGCAUUUCUUCCAAUAAUCAUGAGAUAAACGUACUCACUUUAGUUUGGUUUUCUUUAUGUUUUUUUUUUUUUUUUUUGUCGUUCUACAUACCUCAUAUAAUAAUAAUCCUCGUUCUCAUCUCGCUUAGCUUCUAUAUAUCUCAGAUCAGCCAUAUAUAUAUAUAAGCUAGCUAGGUUAUUGAUUGAUUAGCGUUGUUGGGUGAGUAAUAUAUAUAGAGAUGGGAAGGCAUUCGUGUAUGGUGAUGAAGCAAAAGCUGAGGAAAGGUUUGUGGUCGCCGGAGGAAGAUGAAAAGCUGUACAAUUACGUCAUCAAAUUCGGCGUCGGAUGUUGGAGCUCUGUUGCUAAACAUGCUGGUUUGCAAAGAUGUGGGAAGAGUUGCAGAUUGAGAUGGAUAAAUUAUCUAAGACCGGAUCUUAAAAGAGGAUUGUUUUCACCAGAAGAGGAGCAUAUCAUACUAGUUCUUCAUGAAGUUUUGGGAAACAAGUGGGCACAAAUCGCAGCGAAACUACCAGGGAGAACAGAUAACGAGAUAAAGAAUUUCUGGAAUUCAUGUCUGAAGAAGAAGCUCAUAAAGCGAGGGAUUGAUCCAAACACCCACAAGCCCAUAAUGAACACAUCAUCAGACGCUCCAAAGAGUUUCGCAGAAGAUCACAAUAAUAUUAAUAAUUCUUCUUCAACCAUCCCCAAACCCACACUCCCAUGGCCAUUAAACUUGUCCGAAUUGGAGCAACCUCAAGCCUUCGAUCCUCUCUUCCUCUACGACUUCCAACAAAGCCUCAACAAUAAUUCAGAACAGUAUUUUCAUGGCUUCAGUACACUCCCAAGUUUAGCGAAUUUUGAGAAUAUCAACAUGGUUAAUAAUGGACCGAUAACGUUUCCGAAUUGGGAAACUUGCGACAACAACAUAAACACGGAUUCUGUGUCGGCUCAUCAGUUCCCAUUCAGUGCCAAAAGUAGUGGGGAUGUUGAGGGGUGUUCAUGGCAAGAUGAUUUCUCUGAAUAUUCAUUGCCUGCUUUGCCUCAAGAUUUGAGUGGGGAAAAUAAUCUUGAAUUCUUCAUGUCUUGCACCAAAUUUAAUCUGUAAAAUAUCUGAAUAUGUAUGUAUUUUUUGGAGAUUCUUUUCUGAUCUUUUGGUUUCCUUGGGGUCCUCCCCUUGUGUGCAGAUAAACAUAGAGUUGUGCAGUGUUUAAGAUCAUGGCAACUUUGAGGGAGUUGUGGUGGUAUAGUAGUGAGAAUUCUUUAUAUACUUCAAUUAUUAUAAUUAUUAUAUUGCUUCUGUUUCAAUAGGAAACAAUACAGAUUUAAUUUGCCAAAAUUUGUAUUCUUUGGAUCUUGAGAGAGCUUGAAUUGAGAUUAAUA